CGCCACACUGCGAGGGGCGUGUCUAAUAUUUUGCCGUGGAGUGGGGGGGGGGGGGGGGCAAAAACACGUCACGAUUGUUUACCGAGUCCGAGUCUCCAGGGGCGACUUGCGCGUCCACAGCGACGCACUCACAUGCACGUGCACGCCCCCGCCCUUAGGGCAAAAGGCAAGCCAGAGUGAGCGAGGGCUGGACCUGCAGGUGUGCGCCUCAUCUUACCUGCACCGGAGGGGGGUCACGCACCGGGAAAACGCGCCUCUCGUGGCCGACCGUUGACGCUCCUCGGCCGGCCGAGUCUCUGCAGAGGAGCCGCUCUGGCACGGAAGAAAGGAAUAGAUUUUUUUAAUUUUUUUUAAUAUAGAGAAGUGUGACGGAGAAUUGGGCUGGGGGGCUCCGGGAGGUGACAUGCCGGUUCAGAUAAAGUACGGUGCGGUACGGACCGGACCCUGAAUCGUGAUGCACUUCAACCGGGGGCUGAAGAGAGCAUGAAGGACACUGGAGAAUCUAAAGAGCAACAACUAACUGUCGCCCUGAGGAUCCGCCCCCUCAGCGAUGGCGAGCAGGAAGAGGCGGCGACCAUCGUGGCCCACCGGCUGGACGACCAGAUGGUGGUCCUGAUGGACCCCAUGGAGGACCCGGACGACGUCCUGCGGGCCAACCGCUCCAGGGAGAAGACGUACGUGUUCGACGUGGCCUUCGACUACCUGGCCAGUCAGGAGGAAGUCUAUCGAGCCACCACCAAGGGCCUGAUUGAGGGCCUCAUUUCAGGCUACAACGCCACCGUCUUCGCCUACGGACCAACGGGUUGUGGGAAGACGUACACGAUGCUGGGGACCGACAAGGAGCCUGGCAUUUACGUCCGCACCUUGAACGAACUCUUCAGAGCCAUCGAGGAGACCAGCGACGACAUGAUGUACAGCGUCUCCAUGUCCUACCUGGAGAUCUACAACGAGGUGAUCCGGGACCUUCUGAACCCGUCCUCGGGCUUCCUGGACCUGAGGGAGGACGCCAAGGGCGUGAUCCAGGUGGCGGGCAUCACUGAGGUGUCCACCAUCAACGCUCAGGAGAUCAUGGAGCUGCUGAUGAAGGGCAACAAGCAGCGCAUGCAGGAGCCCACCGCCGCCAACCAGACGUCGUCGCGCUCGCACGCCGUGCUGCAGGUGGCCGUCAAGCAGCAGAGUCGCUGCCGCGACGUCCUGCAGGAAGUCCGCUUCGCCCGCCUCUUCAUGAUCGACCUGGCCGGCUCGGAGCGAGCAGCACAGACCCAGAACCGGGGUCAGAGGUUAAAAGAGGGCGCCCACAUCAACCGCUCCCUGCUGGCGUUGGGGAACUGCAUCAACGCGCUGAGCGACAAGAACGGCAACAAGUACGUCAACUAUCGAGACAGCAAGCUGACCAGACUCCUGAAGGACGCCCUGGGCGGGAACAGCCGCACCGUCAUGAUCGCCCACAUAAGCCCCGCCUCCGUGGCGUUUGAGGAGUCCCGCAACACGCUGGCGUACGCCGACCGUGCCAAGAGUAUUCGCACGCGGGUGAAAAAGAACCUGAUAAACGUGUCGUACCACAUCGCUCAGUACACCAACAUCAUCUCGGACCUUCGCUGCGAGAUCGAACGGCUCAAGAAGAAGAUCACCGACCAGGCGGCCCGCCAGCACGGCUCCGACAGGGCCGACAUCCGCCACGUCCAGGCGGAGGUCCAGGCCCACUCGUGCAAGCAGAGUCGGGUCGACAUGGACCAGCUGAGGGAGCAGCUCCUGGACGCUUUCCGCCAGCAGAUGGAGAUCCGCAGGAACCUGAUGGCACUGGAGAAUAACAACAUGGAGAUCCAGAUUGACACGUCCAAGCAGCUGCUCACCAUCGCAGACUGGGAGCACGAGCGCAGCCGGCGAAGGAGGAAGUGGCGAGCAGAAAAACGAAAAGAAAGCACGAGUAAAGACGACAGCGAGAAGGACUCCGACUCUCUGGACUCUCCGCCGGACUCCAACGUGACGGAGGAGGUGGCGUUGGCCAGAGAGAACCUGGUGGCUCUAAUGACUCAGCAGAAGAAGCUCCACAAGCAGAAGGCGCAGCUGGAGCGCAAGUUCCUGGAGCUGCGAGACAAGGCCCGCCACUUGGAGGAGCUUCUUCCGCGGAGGGUGAGCUCAGAGGAGCAGCGGGAGAUACUGGGCCUCCUGUGCAAGGUGCACGAGCUGGAGAUCGAGAAUGCGGAGAUGGAGUCGCACGCUCUCCUCAAAGACAACGUGAUCCGGCAGAAGAACUUUGUGGUGAAGCGUUUCGAGAUGCACCGGCACCUCUGCGACGAGAUCAUACAGCAGCAGCGGCAGUUCAUCAACGACCACAGCCUUCUAGUCCCGCCCCAACUACAGGAGCUCUAUGAAAUCUACACCAGAGAGCUGGACGAGAGGAAGCUGGACCGAGCCGUGGCUUUGGACAAGGUGACCACCAGGCACACCAUCAAGGGGGGCUCUCUCCCCAAGAUCGCCCUGCCCGCUCAAAACCGCGAUGCCAUCCAGGAUCUGGACUCGGACCAGGAGAGCGUGCGCAACACGUGCGCGGACGAGCGGCGAGGACAAGCCAAACCUCGCAGGCAUACCCUGCCUCCCAUCCUGCCGGAGCCUGACCAGGACAACAACCGGGUUUUUAAGAACGCCGCUCAGUCCCGACACGUGAAGAACUCUGCGGUAAUGACGCCGCCUCCCAUCCAUAUCAACGGGAAGGGCAACAGAGAGCCGCUCGCACCAGUGAGCUCACUCAGCUACACCCACCUCAACCACAGUGUCAGCAGCCACCUGGACUCAUCGCCUGAAAGCAGCGAGGCGGGUCCUGACGUCCCCCUUUCACGAACCGAGAGGCAGCAGAUCCUCAGGGGGGUCCACAACAUUUCGGUGAAGGCGGCCCGGCGGCGCUCCAAAGCCCGGGAGGCCGAGUCCCUGCGGUUUCCCCCGGCGCCCUCGCCGAUGGAGCCCCCGAAGCGAAAGAGCAGCCUCUUCUCCGGCGAGGCACUCCCUGGUGGUCUGGCCUCGCGGCGCGGCCGACAGCCCAGCCCCGAACUCCGGCACGCCACGUCCGACGACAACCUGUCCAGCAGCACCGGCGAGGGCCCCGGCGUGCGGGCGACGUGGAUGCGGCCCCACAAGACCGGCAGCAAGAACCAAACCCCCCGGGAGGCCGACUUUGAGGCUCGCCGCAAGAAGAGGCGCUCGCGCUCGUUCGAGGUCUCCGGGCAAGCCCUUCCCCAGUCCAAAACAACCACGGCUUCGAGGUUCCGACCUCUGGACAGCACGUCAGACCCCCACCUCCAUGUCAACGGUCAGCCCCAGGUGCCCAUGCUCCGCCCCCAGUAUAGAGGAGUCCCGCCCCUUGCCAAAGUCAGGCCCCCACUCAGCAACCAGCAAGCAGGCGCCCCCUCAGAAGCCCCCACACCGCAGCUGAACAACCUGAAGCGGGUGCCCUUCCUGCGGCAGCCCCAGCCGCCCCUCCACGUGGCCUCCAACGGGGGCCAGCGCCCACGCAGACAUUGAGGUGUGCUUUGGACGCUGGCAAUACAAAAGACAUACAAGAUGGUGGAGCCAUGAUGACGCCAAAGUGCUAACCAAAAUAUCUGCGAUGAUUGUGCACGUCUUGGGACAAGAAGUUUAAUGUCUUCUCCCAAGUGGGGAUGUGCCUACAGCAUGUCAUCCUCCCCUUGGGGGCGUACAUUUUUUCUCACGCCCCCCUGAAGAUGUAUUUUUUUUCCUCAGGCACCACCAUGGGAACAUACAUUUUCUCUUAUGUGCCCCUUCAAGAUAUAAUUUUUUUUCUCAUGCACCCCAUUGUAGACGUAAUUUUCUCUCACGCCCCCCUCGGGGACAUAAUUUAUUUCUAUUUUUUUCACGCCCUUUCUUGGGUACAUACAUUUCCUCUCACGUUCUCCUCCGAGACAUACAUUUUUUGUCACGUACCCCAUUGUAGACGUAAUUUUUCUCUCACGCCCCCCUCGGGGACAUCAUUUAUUUUUUUCUAUUUUUUUCACGCCCUCUCACGUUCUCCUUCGAGACAUACAUUUUUUGUCACGUACCCCAUUGUAGACGUAAUUUUUCUCUCACGCCCCCCUCGGGGACAUCAUUUAUUUAUUUCUAUUUUUUUCACACCCUUCCUUGGGAACAAUCAUUUCCUCUCACGUUCCCCUUCGAGACAUACAUUUUUUGUCACGUACCCCAUUGUAGACGUAAUUUUUCUCUCACGCCCCCCUCGGAGACAUCAUUUAUUUAUUUCUAUUUUUUUCACGCCCUUCCUUGGGAACAUACAUUUCCUCUCACGUUCUCCUUCGAGACAUACAUUUUUUGUCACGUACCCCAUUGUAGACGUCAUUUUUCUCUCACGCCCCCCUA